AUGCACUCCAAUACCAAAACAACAUUUACGAGAGGUAUCGUCUUUUGCUUCUUGACAUUUUCCAAAAUGGAAGUUUUCACAACGAGUUUUAAUUUCCACACCUUUCUGGCUAUCUGUGCUGCGUUUCUUGUGUUUCUAUUCUCAUUUUCUCUCCAACAUGCUGCAUCAGCUGCUUUUCUUGGCAAUGAAACUGAUAAACUUGCCUUGCUUGCAUUCAAGACCCAAAUAACCGAGGAUCCAUCAAGAGUUUUUGUCUCUUGGAAUGAUUCUGUUCAUUUCUGUCAGUGGACUGGAGUAAAAUGUGGCCUGAGACACGUAAGAGUCAUCCAUUUGAAUCUCAAAGGGCUGAGGCUGGCAGGUACAAUCUCAGAUCAUCUUGGAAAUCUCUCUUUUCUCAAUUCUCUUGACCUUGCAGAAAAUGCCUUCCAUGAAAAAAUUCCUCAACAACUCAGCAGGCUGCCAAGGCUUCAAUACUUGAAUUUGAGUUUUAACUAUCUAACAGGAGAAAUUCCAGUUAAUCUAUCACAUUGUGUUAAACUCAAGAGCCUUGUCCUGGACCACAACACUCUAGUGGGAAAGAUUCCUUACCAAGUUGGAUCUUUAACGAAGUUAGUGAAAUUGUAUCUCGAAAAUAACAACCUGACAGGAAACAUUCCAGGUUCUAUUGGAAAUCUUACAUCUUUAGAGGAGCUGUAUUUAUCGUACAACAAUCUAGAGGGAGAAGUGCCAGCUUCUUUAGCUCGAUUGACCAAGUUGAGGCUUCUUAGACUGUCAUCCUCUUUGGCCAAUGCUUCAAAGUUGCGAGAGCUUGAUUUUCCUUUAAACAAUUUCACUGGAAAUAUACCAAAGGGUUUUGGUAACUUGCGGAAUUUGUUGUGGCUCAAUGUUUGGAGUAACCAUCUUGGAUACGGUAAGCAUGAUGACCUGGACUUUGUAAAUUCUCUUACCAACUGCAGCAGCCUACAAAUGCUCCAUUUUGGAGGCAAUCAGUUUGGAGGUACAUUGCCCCAUUCAGUAGGCAACCUUUCUAGUCAGUUGCAACGCCUACUCUUCUUCGAAAAUAGAAUUGGUGGAAACAUACCAAGAGAGAUCUCAAACCUGGUGAAUUUGAAUCUACUCGACAUUGGUUCCAACAAUUUUAUAGGUAGUAUUCCAGAUUCUAUUGGAAGACUUACAAACUUGGGAGCUCUCAACUUGGUUAACAAUCUCUUGACAGGGGUCAUCCCUUUUUCAAUAGGAAACCUCACUGGACUCGUCUAUCUUUCCUUGGGACUUAACAGGUUAGAGGGUAACAUACCUUCAACAUUGGGAAACUGUAACCAACUGCUAAAAUUGGGAUUUUCUGAAAACAACCUGACAGGAACUAUACCACAACAACUUUUUGGUCUCUCAUCCCUCACAGAUAUUUAUGCAUCUUAUAACUCUUUGACUGGUCCAUUACCGGUGGAUAUUGGUAACUGGAAUCAUCUUACUUAUCUUGAUUUUUCUUACAACAAUCUUUCGGGUAUGAUUCCACUAACUCUUGGAAAAUGCUUGACCUUGGGGGAGAUCUAUAUGAAGGGAAACUCCCUCCAAGGAACCAUUCCCAAUUUAGAAGAUUUGCCGGAUCUCCAAUCCUUGGAUCUUUCCCUAAACAACCUAUCAGGGCCAAUCCCUCACUUCAUUGCAAAUCUUACUUCCCUACACUACUUGAACUUAUCUUUUAACAAUCUAGAGGGUGAGGUUCCUGUCACCGGAAUAUUUUCUAAUUUGAGUGCAGAUGUAUUAAACGGAAACUCCAAGCUUUGUGGUGGGAUUCAAGAGCUUUAUUUACAACCUUGUAUUUAUCAAAAGACACGGAAGAAACAUGUGCUUGCCCUCAAGUUUAUUUUGAUAAUUGUUUUUGCUGCUUCAUUUUCAAUCCUGGCCUUGUUAGUAGUUUUCCUUUGUUGGAGAAGAAAUUUGAACAAUCAACCAGCACCAGAAGAUAGGUCUAAAUCUGCGCAUUUCUACCCCAAUAUUUCGUAUGAAGAGCUCCGCACUGCAACAGGUGGAUUUUCUUCUGAAAAUCUUAUUGGCUCUGGCAGUUUUGGAACUGUUUAUAAGGGAACUUUUCCCUCCGAUGGAACGGUCGUUGCUGUGAAGGUACUCAAACUCCAGCAUGAAGGUGCUUCAAAAAGCUUCUUAGCAGAAUGCCAAGCAUUGAGAAACAUAAGGCACCGGAACCUUGUCAAGGUCAUCAGUGUAUGCUCAAGUUCUGAUUUCAAGGGAAAUGAUUUUAAAGCUUUAGUCUUUCAGUUCAUGCCAAAAGGGAACUUGGACGAAUGGCUACAUCCAGAAAAGGAGAUGCAUGAGAAGAGUAGCUUGACCACACUUCAGAGAAUGAAUAUCAUAGUAGAUGUGGCCUCUGCACUUCAUUAUCUUCACCAUGAGUGCCAAACACCCAUGAUUCACUGUGAUAUAAAACCACAAAACAUUCUUCUUAAUGAAGAUCUCACCGCUCAUUUGGGUGAUUUUGGUUUGGUGAGACUCGUUCCUGAAUUCAGUAAUGAAUCGGAUUUACAUCAGUUUAGCUCACUUGGAGUUCUGGGAACCAUUGGCUAUGCAGCUCCAGAAUACGGCAUGGGUAGUAAGGUCUCCGUUGUAGGAGAUAUGUACAGUUUUGGGAUCCUAAUAUUGGAGAUAUUCACUGGAAGAAGACCCACGGACUCUUUGUUCCAAGCAAGCUCUACCCUCCACCACUUUGUAGAAACAGCAUUGCCAGAGAAAGUUAUGGAGAUUCUAGACAAAACAGCUUUUCAUGGUGAGAUGAGUAAAGAAACCUGUGGCGAAGAAUACUGGGGCUGUAUCAAGAAAGAACAGAUGGAAUGCUUGGUUGGCAUACUUGAGAUCGGUGUUGCAUGUUCAGCUGAAUCCCCAAGAGACAGAUUGACCAUGACACAAGUUUACAGAAAGUUGACACUAAUAAGAGAAAAAUUCCUACAAAGGGGAGAUUGA